AUGGUGGCAAAUAGUAUGAACUUAGCAGAUAUACUCAAGGAUGAAGUAUCCCUUGAGAGAGUUAAGGAGUUAAAGGACCAGCUUCUUAAGGAGAAAUCCACUAUUGAUUACCAACUAAGUAAAGAAUCGAACAAGAAUUACGAAGCUGUGCAAGAGAGUAUAAAGCUACUAAACAUAUCACAAAAGGAUGUUAUUGAGGUGAAAGAUCAGUUAUCUAAAGUUAAGACGCUCAGUGAUGAGAGCAAGUCAUCAAUAUCCAGAUAUGACAUUAUCUUCGAUGCAACUAGAAUGUAUGAAAAGGUAGACAUGACCUCGGAGAUAUACGAUAAGAUUGUAGCAUUUAGUGAUACAGUAGAACAGGUCAACAGAAUGCUUGAUACGGAACUAGCACAAGAUGGUUUAGAAACUGGCUGUCCCUAUUUGAUUCAAAUCCAUUACCUGCUAACAACGAUAAGAAACUUUCAGGAUCAAAUGACAAUUAUGGCUAAUGUAUCCACAGAUGAUGUACAACGUACAUGCCAAAAGCUUUUUUCUAAAGUUUCUGGUCUAGUGGAUAAAUUUGAUCAGCUAUUGGAAUCACUUAUAUAUGACAUUGUCGAAAUGAUAAGAGCUGAAAAUUAUUCUUUAGUAGUGAGAUUGUUCAAAAUAAUAGAUUUUGAAGAACGAGAAGACCUGAGGAUUGAGGCCAUUAGAAACAUUAUCAAGAAGAAAGAGAUAGAAGCAGAAAAGUCAACAUUUAAAAAGCUACCUAGUUCUAAGAACAUUGGUAGACUGGAACUUGAAAGUAAUUCUAAGGCAUUAGAAUAUCCAACAGAUCAAGGGCUAUAUCAAGAAAUUAUAAAUGGUACAAUAACAACGAGAGUACAGUCGAGAGGCUACAAAAAUUUGUUGUACAAUAAAAUCAAACAAUCGAUACAAGAAAUGUUUAUUGAAGUCCGCAAAGAGUACGAUGGCGAUAAAAAAUUUGAUGUACUUAACAAUCUUGAUUGGGUGUUCAACGAGUUACUUGUUGUUAAGGACUAUGUGUCCAAGUAUUCCCCUCCCUAUUGGAAUAUAUUUGACAAAUACUACCAAUUCUACUAUGAUGAGCUUCACAUCUUAAUCAAUGAGUUAGUUGAUGCUGAACCGGAAACAAUCAUUAUAUUAGAUAUUAUAGAUUUUGACAAAACAUUCCAGAAUACUUUGGUCAAGGACUUUGGCUUUAAGAGGAAAGAAACGAAGACAGUUAUUGGUGACACACAGAAGGAAACACUAUUCAAAGACUAUUUGAAUCUAAUUGUGAUCAAAAUGACCGAAUGGCUUGGGAACUUACAAAAGACGGAGUUCAAAACGUUCAAAGAUCGUUCUAUUCCUCCACAAUCAGAUGCCGAGAACUUGUUAUUAUUAGAAGGGACAAAGACAUGCUUUCAAAUGUUCAGUCAACAAGUUGAAGUGGCUGCCGGUUCAAGUCAGGCAAAGAUUUUAGUUGGUGUUAUUGAGAAGUUUUCCGAACUUAUUGAAAAUAGAUUAAGCAAUUGGAUUUCUGUUGUAGACGAAGAAGUGAGAAGACUAAUGAAAUAUAAUGAACUUUAUGACCUUGAUCCUAAUGCUAUCGCCCCUGAAAACGAAGUUCCAGGUGGUCUACUAGAGUAUGUUAUUGCUCUUGCAAAUGACCAGAUGAGGGCUGCCGACUAUGCAAUGGCAAUUGGUUCCAAAUACGGAGCCAUGGUGACCAAAGCAUACGAGAAGGAAAUUCAAACAAACAUUGACAAUAUUCUUGACAGAUUUGCAGAUGUGAGUCAAGUAUGUAUAUCAGCUCUGCUUACAAUUAUCUUUGAUGACCUUAAGAAACCAUACAGUGAGAUAUUUAGCAAGACAUGGUAUAAAGGUAGCCAGGCACAACAAAUUUCAGAUACAAUUUCUGAAUACCUUGAAGAUAUAAAGGUACUGAUGAACCCAGUUUUGUAUGGGCUGUUUAUGGAAAGGCUAAUUGAAAAUACUAUAUUAGGUUAUAUUGGGGCAUUGAAGUAUGAACACAGUAUAAAGAAUAAGAACAACAAGUUCUUAGAGAGUGUCAAACGUGAUUUCGAGAUCUUUUAUAAGCUCUUCGCUACAUAUAUUGGUUCCUCAGACGAGACCAUAGAAAUAGUGAAGGAGAAAUUUGAAGUCAUGGACUACUUCAUGGAUCUAUGCUGCGAACCUAUAGAUUCAGUGAUGGGUAUAUGGGAUAAUUUCCUACAGAGGUACCCAGAUGUUCCUGUGGUAAUAUUAGAAUUUGUGUUGAAGAGCAGAAAGGAUAUCGAUCGCUCUAGAAGAAAGAAGCUUGUCCAAAGGGCCAUUGAUCUUUCAUUGAGACCUGAACAUUUAGCAUUCAUCAGCAGCGAAGAAUACGAACCAUCGUACCUGUCCAACUUCACCAUCAAAUCAGCAAAGAAGUCUGAGGAUGUAGGAGAUGACUAUUAA